AAGAACGGCAAAAUCCCCUAAUUUCGGUUCACAACCGCUCUCACCGCGCGCCUCCGCCAGACGCUAGCAGCUUCGCCUCACUACACCUUCUUCCCACCGCGACGCGCAUCCAGUCGUUUCGCCGCGCCUCCUCCGUUCGAUACUCUGCAGCAGUAGAUGGGGUUUUUUUUUUUAAAAAAAAAAAAUUGUUUUUAAUCAUUUUCUGAAUUUGUUCCUUCUCGCUGCAUAUUUGUAUAUUAAAUUAAACACGCAUGGAAGCAAAAUCAACCUUGAUUUUUAGUUUAUAGUAUUUAUUUAUUGAUGGAGGAAAGAAGCUGUUAAUAUUUACUGAUUUUGUUCGACCUUGAGCAGCAAGCUGUUAAAUUAUUUCCUAAAGGUUUUAUUUCCAAAAGAUGUGUUGGUGCAGCACAAAAAUGCUCGGCUAAUACUUGUUUACUCCUAGCAGAUUGAAAAUUGAAGUUGUGUUGGAAGUACAUGUUGCCAUACAAAUCUUUAAUGCCUAUUUCAAACAAAUUUUCAACGUUGAACUGCAAAUAUAGAAAAAAAAACACCAUUACAUGUAAUGUGGUAAGCGAUGCAUCGACUAAUGUGUAUGUACAAAAAAACUAAGUGAAUCAGAAACAACAAAAAUGAAAAAUCUAUAUAUAGAGAUGAAUCUCCAGCAUUAAUAUUUGAGUUUUACAUCUUGUGAAACUUUUGAAAUUCCAAAUAAAAUCAUGGCCUUUUUGAAUACCUCAAAAAAUUAUUUAAUGGAAAUUAUUAUGUCAGUGUGAAGUUUUUUAAAUAAAACGAGAAAAAUUGAAUGAUUAAACUUUUUGAAUGCCUAAAAAAGAAGAUAAAAAGUGAAAAAUUGCAUAUGAGAUGUUUUUUAGCGGGAAAGUUUCGGAAGACAACUUGCCUUUAGUAUAAUAGAUAGAUUCAAAUCGGCGGAGAUGCAGCCAAAGAUUAAUGACUUCUUCAAGCCGUCGCCUUCUAACUUACCGGAAUCGUCUCCAUUUUCCGCUGUUGCCGGAGAAUCAACCACAGAACCAGAAUCCGACGUCUGCUAUAAACACGCACGUUCUGAUCCAGAAGGAGAAACAUCCAAUGGACAUGAUCUUGAGGACAAGCUUCCCAAAUUGGAGCAAGGCAAGAGUUGCAAAAUUUUGAAUAAGAAGAGAAAGUAUGCACAGCUAUUCUUGGAAGUUGGACAGUCGGAUUUUCUAUUUCAUACGUGUAAAGUGUGUAGUUUCAAGUAUGCUCCUGGUGAUGAAGUUGAUGAAAAGGUCCACAAAACAAUUCACAAGAACUACACCCUUGGAUUACCUUUUAAGGGUUGGCGCAAUGAAAGAGUUAUAGAUGAACUUGACAAGGGGCGCAUAAUCUUGGUGCAAGAUGGUGAUCCUCCUGCUCAGUUAAAAAAGGUUGAGGAUGUUGUGCAGAUGAUUGAAACAGAGCUUGGGGAGGGGUGGAUACUUAAUAAGCAGUGUAAGGUAUAUCUAUUUAUUUCAUCACAAAGAGUAUCUGGAUGUCUAGUUGCCGAGCCAAUAAAAAUGGCCUACAAGUUACUCCCAAGCUCAUUGGUUGAAAAAAGUAACUUUCCUGCCAAGGAAAAAAAGAGGACCUCUUCCAUUCUUCAAUUUGGUGGUGUUAGUCUCCAGAGGGAAGUCAUAAAAAGGGAACAUGCCAAACAUCCAGAAGACGGAACCCAUGAUGGAACGAUUUUGUGCAAGAAUGAGGCUGUACCAGCUCUUUGCGGUAUUAGAGCCAUUUGGGUGUCUCCUUCUAACAGGAGGAAGAACAUAGCUAGAAGUUUGCUUGAUGCAGCAAGGAAUAGUUUCUGCACACUGCACAGGCAUGAUUCUCAACCAUACAGAAUUAGCAUUAUCUCAACCAACCACGCUUGGGAAAGCUUUGAUGUCCAGCUACACAAAAACCAAAUUCUUUCUUGGUCUACACAACAGUUAAUAUGGACUAAAGGUCAUCCAGAUUUUCUUUUUGCAUUAAAGAUCCAUUUAAAUGCUUCUUCUAAAUCUAGUCUUGCUACUUCCCUUUUAAGUUAUGCCUCCAAAUUUUUGUUAUGUGGCCCUACUAUUCAGUUUUAACCGAACAAGUUAGAUAGAACCUUUGAAUGUUGAAAUCUCUUGAUUUAUGAUAGUUAGGAAUAUCUAUUUGAAAUAGUAUCUCAUGUUUGGUCAGGUAUUGACUGUAGAAUUUCUUGGACCUCUCUGACUUGUUACUUUAGCUUGUGUUGAUCCCCUGUAAUUCUUCAACUGAUUUAUACCGAAUUUGAACAAUAUUUAGAUGUUUAAUGUAGUGGAAAAAGAUCCUGAUUUUUGUACCUAAAGUAAAUUCCAAAGCAAUUGAUGUGCGA